AUGAUUACACAUCCGGGCACGAGCCCGAAACAAUCAUCUGAGAUAAUUCAUAAUAUUCAUACUAUACCUACACUUGCAUUUCACGAAUUUUUCUCAGUUUUCAGUCUAUUAAGAAGUGAACAAAACAAUGCAGAUAAGACUGAAGAGAAGAAGUAUCCGUGGAUAGCUCGCGUUGUGCAUUCCACGGACAAGGAUUAUCCUUACCUGUGCACGGCGGCUUGUAUAGAAGACAGGAUAUUUGUUACUGCCGCUCGCUGUAUUUACCAGGCAAAAUUGUCUUUAACAACUGUGAUCAACCAAGGCGCCAGACUUCGUCCCAUAGCCUUCGUAGUGCCCUCGAAACCGACGAAACAGAUGUUUGACGACAUAGGCUUCAUCGUCGUCAAGAAAACUAACCACAAAUGGAAGACAGUUAAAGUGUUUGACAAACAGGACAAUAAGAAGUUCACGAGGACAGAUAAGAAUUACUUCUGGCUCAGUAAGAUGGGUGAGAUCAAGGGUACUGCGGUAGGAUUUGUCAAUAAAACAUUUUACAAGAGAAAUCAAGAUAUUUUAGUAAUCACUAUUUCGUGCCAUGUUUCCAUACAUGCAAUCUUAUGCAGGGGUAUGACAGGCGCAAAUGUAGCAAACGGCUCGCUGGAGAAGGACACGUUGUAA